ACCCGGUCAUGACCUGGUGUUGUGUGGGUGUAGGUGCUCAUGCUGACCCUGCAGAAUGACCCUCCCUGCUUGGAGACGGGCAUCCAGGACAAGGAGAUGGUGUUGUGUGUGUGUAAUAACCCGGUCAUGACCUGGUGUUGUGUGGGUGUAGGUGCUCAUGCUGACCCUGCAGAAUGACCCUCCCUGCUUGGAGACGGGCAUCCAGGACAAGGAGAUGGUGUUGUGUGUGGGUUAUAACCCGGUCGUGACCUGGUGUUGUGUGUGUGUGGGGGUAAUAACCCGGUCGUGACCUGGUGUUGUGUGUGUGUAAUAACCCGGUCAUGACCUGGUGUUGUGUGGGUGUAGGUGCUCAUGCUGACCCUGCAGAAUGACCCUCCCUGCUUGGAGACGGGCAUCCAGGACAAGGAGAUGGUGAAGAAGUAUGGCAAGUCCUUCAGGAAGAUGAUCUCACUCUGUCUACAGAAGGAGCCUGAGAAAAGACCGACUGCUGCUGAGCUGCUAAAGCAUAAAUUCUUCACUAAAGCAAAGAAUAAUGAAUACUUGGAAGAGAAGCUCCUUCAGAAAGGUCCAUCGAUAGGAGACAGAUCCAAAAGGGUACGAGACAACAAAAUUAUAACCAUUGGCAUAGUCACACAGUGGAAUUCUACAUGA